CAAAUUGGAGUCUGACGCGAGCAGCAAGAAAGACCGACAGAACGAGAAAGAGGGAGAGAGCGGGCGAGAGACACCUUAGAUGGAAGGAGGUCAGAGGUUGAAGGGAACAACAAGCUACCUGCCCGAGAGAAAGAGAGAUCGCGAGAGAGCGAGGGAGCGAGCAACGCAGGUUGAAAGAGGAGAAGAAGAGCUCCACUCCUCCGCUGAGCGGGCGACACGUUCUGUCCUUCCCCUCUCCUCUGUUAGCAUCCUUGUCGCUCACUCUCUUCAGUCUCUCUGUGCACCAGGGAAUGGUGCUUCGUGCUCACGAUGGUCUGGUGUGAGAAGGGAAUCCAGAUCUUGCUCACCGCAGUGGGAGCAUUCACCGCGUUCGGUCUGAUGACGGUGGCGAUCGGCACCGACUACUGGCUCUAUGCAAGAGCCUUCAUCUGCAACAGCACAGCCAACUCCAGCACUGACGACACCCACAGCAAAGACAAGAAGGACCUCAGCGCGCUCACUCAUUCCGGACUGUGGAGGAUCUGCUGCUUAGAGGGUUUGAAACGUGGCGUUUGUGCGCAGAUUAAUCACUUCCCAGAUGAUGCAGACUUUGACCAAAAUGAAUAUGUCCUGCGAGUGGUGCGGGCCUCCAGCCUCUUCCCUAUCCUCAGCGCUAUACUGCUCCUGCUGGGGGGGGUGUGUAUUGCAGCAAGUCGUUUCUACAAGAGCAAAAGAAACAUCAUCCUGGGGGCAGGGAUACUGUUCGUAGCAGCAGGCCUCAGUAACAUCAUUGGGGUGAUUGUGUACAUCUCAGCCAGUGCAGGAGACAUCUCCAUGAAGAAGGACGAGGAUAAGAAGUGGCACUACUCCUAUGGCUGGUCCUUCUACUUCGGGGGGCUGAGCUUCAUCCUGGCGGAGAUGAUCGGGGUGCUGGCUGUGAACAUCUACAUUGAGAAGAACAAGGAGGCGCGCUGCCGCUCGAGGACUGACCUCCUCAAGAGCACCUCGGCCAUCCUGCGCCUGCCCAGCUACCGCUUCCGCCCUCGCUCCCACUCCAGCUCCCGCUCCAGCGAGCCCUCCCCCGUCAGGGUGAAGAACUUCGGGGGGCUACCCCCCUCGCAGGGCCCCCUGUCAGUGUCCACCCUGCCCAACCCCCACUCCUCCUCCUCCGGCAGGGCGGACAUCACCAUGUACACGCUGUCUCGGGACGCCAAGCUGGCGGGGCUGGGCGGGCUGGGCGCUCCUCUCUACGGGACAGUAGACAGGGCAGCGUUCUUUCAGGUCCACAACUGCUUCCCAAAAGACUCCCACCAGGGCAUCUCCUCCUCCUCCCAGCAGCUGAUCGACAGGCAGGGCGGGGGCCGGGUGGCAAACCCCUCCCCUCGCCCACCACCGGAGCAGCACUAUGGACAGGCAGGCGAAGGAGAGCUUCAAUUCAAACACCCUGAAUAG